CCUGAGGAACCGAGAGGAGAACGUGGGGAGCAGCAGCUCCGAGCAGAGAUCGCCAGCGGGGGAGCGUUCAUCCUGGGACGUCCCGGGCCCGAGGUCGAGUCCACAGGUCGGCUGCACACAGAGCGGACAGGGCUGACCCACAGGUGCCGGAGGGGAAGACCAUGUCUGGCGUCUAGUCCACUGGUGCGUUCUCCGGGGGGGAUCCGAGCACUCACACACCAGGCAGCUCCCGGCGGCCCUGUCCGGUCCGUCCUGAGGCAGCCGGCAGACGGACGGGAUUCCACCUCCUCCUCGAGGACCCUCCAUCAGCGCCCGGCCCAGAGAGGCUCCAGCAUGGACCAGCCGGCCAGCAGCUGCAUGCGUAGCGCCCACCCGGGCGGCUCCAUCUGGGGCUGCAUGAGGAACCCCCACGCGGGGGUCCCCGGCGGCGGGGGGCUGCAGUCGCCCUACCAGCAGAACCCCUUCUCCCUGCACCAGAAGCCCGAGUCCUUCCUGGCCUACACGGACUUCCCCAGCUCCUGCCUGGUGCCGGCGCCGGCGCCGCAGCACGCCGCCUACCCCCGCGACGACCGGCUGUACCCGGACCCGGUCGCCGUGCCGACGGGGGGCUACCAGCGCGCCGGCGACGGCGGCGGCGGCUGGCAGUUCAACCCGUGCGAGACGACGCACAGGCCGCCGGCGAGGGGGCCGGACGCCUGCCAGGGGGCGGCGGGCGGCGAGAUGGACCCCGCGGGGUGCAUGGAGGGGGAGUACUCCCCCCAGAGCGCGGCCUCGGGAGACUCGGACAAGAAGGGCAGCAAGAGGAAGAGAGACGUCACGGACAUACAGGACGGGGGCUUUAAGGGCGACUCCGGCUGCAAGGCGAGGAAGGAGCGGACGGCGUUCACCAAGGAGCAGCUGAGGGAGCUGGAGGCCGAGUUCACCCACCACAACUACCUGACCCGCCUGCGGCGCUACGAGAUCGCCGUCAACCUGGACCUCACAGAGAGACAGGUCAAGGUGUGGUUCCAGAACCGGAGGAUGAAGUGGAAGCGGGUGAAGGGGGGCCAGUCCUCCUCUCCGGGCGACCUCGACAACGAGGACAACGACUCGGCCGCGUCGCCGAGCUCCGAAUAAACAACAACAACAACAUCAGCGAAGAAACAGCAGAGAAACAACGGUUCGGCUUUGGGAGACCGGUUUUGUAAAACAGAUAUACUUCAUAAGGGUCUGGCAAGAAGAUGGAGAACGUGAGCGUGACGUCAGAGUGUCGGCUGGACACGUUGACAUGCGUACUUGUUGACGUGUGGACAUGUUGACAUAUGGACAUGUCGACGUGUGGACAUGUCGACGCCCAAAGGGAAACCCGUUCACCACUGUGAGGGAACCCUUCCACGGAUUCGCUGUGCAUCAAACCACGAGGACACUGGCAAUUUGCUGUUGGGCGUUUGAUGUUGUACAUACUGUAGCGUUGACACUUGAUAAACUGUCGAUAUUAAAGUCCAUUUCAUCCCAGAAAUACAAUAAUAAUAAGACCAAUGUGUUUUUCGUUGCCUGCGGCCGGUGGACUGCAGGGCUAUGCUGGCAGAGCUCGGCCAAUCUGAGCGUUUCAGAGCGAUGACACUCUCCAGCGCUAGCGUCACACAGCUGCCUGUGAUGAGAUUGCGUUUGAGAGCUUCUCCUCGCUGACCGGACCUCCAAUCACGGCCUUUGACUCUGGACUCUGAGCACCUGCGGAUACUCAUACUGCUCACAGAGCUGCCAAACCAUGAGUGCCUGCCUAUCGGUUUCUGUAUCGCCCUGAUUUUCCUCUCUUUAAAAACGGUUUGCAUGUCAACCCACUUUUUUUCAAUCUUAUUUUCUUUUUGUACCUUUGAAUGCCAUCGAUAAAACACAUGUUUCUUAUCUGUGGGGGGGGGGGGGGGAAAGAAUAAAAAGAUCUGUUCCAAA